CAAGUACCGCUCCAUAGUGCUAGUGAGUGUGAACAGUGAGCAUAACAUAAUCGGUUAUGUUGGUUUGAUAUUGCGCUGAUUUCAAAGUUUUGACCUUUCUUCCUCUUCUGUUCCCGUGCCGGCGGAACCACCAAAAUGGGCUGCACUUGCAAGCCCUUCUCCGCCUCCCUCUUCACUUCUCUUCCACUUCGCCUCCGCCUUCCUCCGCCGCCGCCACUACAUUUCGCCGCCGCGGUCCCCUUUCGUUCCAAACAACAAACCCCUUCUCACACCUUUCGCCUUUCAGCCCUCCCACUAUUAUCCCAUGGCAGCGGCAACAACAACAACAACAACAACAACAACAACGGUGGUAGUUGGGGCAACAACCCCUUUGACUCCUUCGAUUCGAAUUCAAAUUCCCAUCACACCCUUUUCCUCUCCAUGCUCUGCUCCUCCGCCCUCUGUUUCUUCGGCCACCUCCUCCUUGCCAAACUCGCAAAGGCCAAAACUUUGUCUUCUUCCUCCUCCUCCGACACCUCACUUUUCUCCGAACCUGUUUAUGAAGUCAAAGGCGGCAAGUGGACCAAACUCGUUCCUGACCCCACCGACGACGUCUUUGUCUCCGCACAACAGGGAUUCUUGUCGGAGCUAUCAUCUCUCAAACCUUCACAGCUGGCAACCUUCGUGUGGCUCAAGUGCAGCGACAUCUUCACGCGCUUGAUGCUUCCAGAAGGGUUCCCCGAGAGCGUGACGAGCGAUUACUUGGAGUAUUCUCUCUGGAGAGCAGUUCAGGGCGUGGCGUGUCAGGUUAGUGGCGUGCUCGCAACGCAGUCGUUGCUUUACGCCGUUGGAUUGGGAAAAGGGGCUAUUCCCACUGCUGCUGCGAUCAAUUGGGUGCUCAAGGAUGGAAUUGGGUACCUUAGUAAGAUCAUGUUGUCUAACUUUGGUCGCCAUUUUGAUGUUAACCCUAAAGGAUGGAGAUUGUUCGCUGAUCUUCUUGAGAAUGCUGCCUUUGGCUUGGAGAUGUCUACUCCUGCUUGCCCUCAGUUUUUUGUGCUCAUCGGUGCUGUUGCUGGGGCCUCUCGCUCUGCUGCUUCUUUGAUUCAGGCUUCUACCAGGAGCUGUUUCUUUGCUGGUUUUGCUGCUCAAAGGAAUUUUGCUGAGGUAAUUGCUAAAGGGGAAGUCCAAGGAAUGGCAAGCAGGUUUAUUGGUAUAGUGCUCGGUAUAGGAUUGGGUAACUGCAUAGGCUCCUCCACACCCCUUGUUCUUGCUUCAUUUACUGUCUUGACCUGGAUCCACAUGUACUGCAAUCUGAAGUCAUAUCAGUCCAUUCAACUACGGACUUUAAAUCCUUACCGUGCAAGUUUGGUUUUUAGUGAAUAUCUACUGAGUGGCCAGGCACCUCCAGUUAAAGAGGUCAAUGAUGAGGAGCCACUAUUUCCAGCUGUGCCCAUAUUAAAUGCAACUUUUGCAAGCAAAGCACAAUCAUUUGCUUUAUCAUCUGAAGCAAAAGAUGCAGCUGCAGAAAUUGAACAUCGUCUGCAGCUUGGAUCCAAGCUCAGUGAAAUUGUCAACAGCAAGGAAGAUGUGCUUGCCCUCUUUGGGCUUUAUAAAAAUGAAGGCUACAUCUUGUCAGAGCACAUGGGAAAAUACUCUGUUGUGCUCAAAGAAAAGUGUUCACAGCUAGAUAUGCUCAAGGCAUUGUUCCAGGUCAAUUACCUUUAUUGGCUAGAAAAGAACGCAGGAAUUGAAGGAAGAGGAACCCUCAAUGAUUCCAAACCUGGUGGGAGGCUGCAUAUAUCUCUGGAUUAUGUGGAAAGGGAAUUCAACCAUGUAAAAAAUGAUGGAGAAUUGGUAGGCUGGGUCACAGAUGGGCUUAUUGCAAGGCCAUUGCCAAAUAGGAUUUGCAUAGGCGACACUGCACCCUCAAACUCAGUGAGUAGCUGACAUGGCCAAAGACUGGUGGCUUUCAUUCAUGACCACUUGCAUUACAUAGCUGCAUGAGGAAGCUAGUUGGACUCAAGAUGUCUUGGGAUCAAGGGCAUUGGUUGGUUCUUUGCCAUCCAUUGGUGAGUAGCACAUCCCACGCUGCAAAGCAAACAACUCAGUGAAUGGCACCAAAAUAACCACGAACUAGUUGAAUUUGAAGCCAUGUGGCGACAUGGUGUGACAAAACCCCCGGUCUGCCACCCUUUGUCAUUGUCAAUGAAUGGACUCCUACUGACCUUGAAUGUUGAAACGGUCAAGUAACUGGGAAAUACACACAGCUUUUACUUGAGAGAUUGCACUCCUCGGAUAAAUUAAGAUGUGCAUCUAAAUGUCAAGCCUUUGCUUGUUUCACAGCCAAACUUGUAUCUAGUACAUCAUGCAGCUGACAAAAAUCUCGUACAAAAUACAUUUUCUUCCACAAAUUUGUUGUUUCCAAUCCAUUAUAGAUUGUCUUUGCCCCAACAAAUGACCCAAAUGCUUUCAUGCCAUUGUCUGUAUAUUCUGCCAAAUAACAAAUUUGAUUUAGCAAUUUGCUAAAAGGGAAUAAUACAACACACACAAAAAUUGUUAAAA